AUCUCUUUCGAUUCUAUAGAAGAGAAAGAGAUGUUGCAAAGAGCUGCUAGUAAUGCAUAUUCAUGGUGGUGGGCCAGUCAUAUCAGAACGAAACAAUCAAAAUGGCUCGAACAGAACCUCCACGACAUGGAGGAAAAGGUUGAUAACAUGAUGAGAAUCAUUGAAGGCGAUGGGGAUUCUUUUGCAAAGAGGGCUGAAAUGUAUUAUAGAAAGAGGCCUGAACUUGUAGAACAUGUAGAAGAGUCUUUCCGAGCAUAUCGAGCUCUAGCAGAGAGAUAUGAUCACCUAUCGAAAGAGUUCCAAGGUGCAAAUCGGACAAUAGCUUCGAUCUUUCCUGAACGAGUUCAUUACACAAUUGAUGAUGAUGACUGUGAAGUUGAUUUUUUUCCGACCAAAAGUCCUCACGAAUUUUCAAGUGAAUUGGAUGGCUCACCAAAACUAGGAAUCCCAGAAGUUCCAAAGUUCCCUGAGAGGGGUUUUAGAAGCCCUUCCAUGAUAAGAAAAAAGGCACAACUAAAGAGAAAUGCAAGCACUCCCACAAGUAGAGCUGCUUUAACUCCAAAAUCAGGGCUUAGUAAAACCGAAGCCCUAGAAGAGAUUGAUAUGCUACAAAAAGAAAUUCUGGCUCGACAGACCGAAAUGGAAUUUGUGAAGAGCUUGUAUGAGCGUGAGUGUGAGAAAUAUUGGGAUAUGGAAAACAGUAUCACAAAGAUGCAAAAAAGAGUCAGCAACUUGCAAGACGAGUUCGGCAUUGGCACUAUUAUUGAAGAUAAUGAAGCUCGAACUAUAAUGGCAGCAACUGCUCUAAACUCUUGUCGAGAAACUCUGACCAAGUUGCAAGAGGAACAGGAGAAAACAGUUGAAGAAACAAGACUAGAGAACGACAGAAUCAAGAAAGUGGAUAAAAAGUUUGAGAGCCUCAAAUGUAAGUUUCUUCCAAACCCGACAGACAAUCACGAGUCCACUGAUUUUCAUGAGGAUCAAGGCAUUGAACCAGGAUUGAAAAUCUCAGAUCAACUGGUUGCUUGCACGGCAGAAGACAAACACGAUAUAGAACUCCUUGACCAGAAGAUCAGAGAACACCUGGAAAUGGAUUCGAACAGCUCAUUCACCAUUUCUGAGUUGGCUGAGAAAAUUGAUGAACUUGUAAAUAAAAUUGUGACACUAGAAGCUGCAGUUUCUUCUCAAACAUCUCUGGUAAGACGACUAAAAUCAGAAACAGACAUGCUUCAAGCGAACGUCCAACAGUUGGAAGAAGACAAGGAAAUUCUUGUGGAAAGUUCAGAAAACAUGAAGAAGAAGAUAAAGGAAUUGGAGGCUGAACUCGCCAGAGUGAAAAAUCUAAAUCAGAAUGCACAAAGUCAAAAUAACACCCUUCAAACACAGUUCAUUGAAGCAAGUACUAAUCUCGAUCACUUAUCUGAUCAAUUGCAGACCAUGAAAAUGGAUGAUGUUGAAACUUGUGACUUCUCACGAGAUGUGAUGAUGGUCGAUCCCGAUGUGAAAACAUCAACAUUUUCAACAAAUUCAGAAUUUGAUGGAAGGAAAGUAGGAACUUUGAAACUCGGUGAUUUUUUUAUAGAUGAGGAACAGAAAGAGUCCAUUCCAGGCAAUAAUAAGAACCUUGGUCUUGCAGUGGAAAAGGUAAUAGAAUCAGGACACGAGUUAAACGAUGAGAGACCACAACUUCAAACAGAAAAUACUCUUCUUGAUUUGGAGGCAAAUGAAUCUCAGGAGGAAGAAAAACAUCCUACCUUGAGACAGUUGUUCUUGAAAGGAAUAGAAGAUAGAGAAAAGAUUCUACUGGAGGAGUAUACUUCAGUUCUAAGAGACUAUAAAGACGUAAGAAACAAGUUAAGUGAAGUUGAACAAAAGAACCGUGAUAGCAUCUUUGAAUUAGCAAUGCAAGUUAAAGAACUGAAAGACGCUAUUUCCUCUAAAGAUGACGUUAUAAAAUCAUUAGUAAAUAAUGGCGAAACAGAUGAAGACACGAAUGCGAGAGAUGUGGACCAAGAGCUACCUCAAGAAAGCAUUCAUGAGGCUCCUAGCUAUUUGUACUCUGAAUCCUCUACUCCAUAUAUAGAUCAAGUUUCGAUUUUCGAUUCUUAUGGCGAGCGGGGUAUUGAGCCCACAGAAGAAAGCUACAAAUCAAUGAGAAAUUCAAGAAGUUUGGCGAAGAAAGAGGAUGUAAACAAGAAAUCGAUUGGGGGUGAUAAGUUCAUUACCAUGUCACCUACAGAAGAAAGAUUCCGCUCCCAUAUUGAUGGCCAACUAGAGAUGAAUCUCGAGUUUUGGUUGCGGUUUAGCACGGCAGUCCACCAGAUUCAAAAAUUCCAGACUUCAAUCCAUGAUCUGCAAUCAGAGCUGCAGAAGUUGAGAGAAAACAAGCAGCAAGAAGGAAGUGUGAAACAUCAACAAGCAAUGGAAUCCGAUGCUCGGCCAAUAUAUACACACUUGAGAGAGAUACAAACCGAAUUAUCACUUUGGUUGGAACAUAGUGCAGUAUUAAAAGAUGAACUAUGCAAUAGAUUCUCAUCCUUAUGUGACAUACAAAGUGAAAUAUCAAGAAUCAUAGAUGAGGGUUCAGAUGAAGAAAAGACAGAGCUGAGUGAUUAUCAAGCUGCAAAGUUUCAAGGUGAAGUACUCAACAUGAAACAAGAAAAUAGGAAGAUAGCUGAUGAGUUACAAGUCGGUCAGGGCCGGGUAAGAGUACUACAAGUCCAAAUUGAGAAGGCUUUGGAGAAACUUGAUCAAGAAUUUGGUAUUUCAGCAGGCAAAAGCAUACAACAAUCGAAAUCGUUAAGCCGAACACGAAUUCCUUUACGGUCUUUCUUGUUCGGGGUGAAGUUAAAGAGGCAAAAGCCAUCACUCUUUUCAUGUGCAAGUCCACAACUACAGAAACAAUAUAGUGAUCUAGCUAAAGGGCCCCUACCUCAGUGAUGAGCUUUUUUUUAGGGUGUAAUUUCGCCAAUGUAAUGUAAGGAAUAAAAUCCAUUAAUUUCAAGAAUGAAUUUAUACCUUCAAUUACAGAUAAACAGUAGCUAUAAAUUUUUCCUUUUCUUGUUGAAGAAUAUGAGCUUCCAAAUUUUAGUAUUGUCAUCGGGCGUUUGCAUUGACCCCACGCCACAAAUAACAACAGAAUUCAUAAAUAAAAGAAUGCAAGGGAAAACAAAUGGCACUAUAUAUGCACACUAUACUAUUUCUUAGGGAAAAAAA